AUGUUUCUGUCUGUUAUUAGGCUUCAAGCAGCAGGCGCUAGCUGUGUCGACAGACGCCGAGCACCGGUUCGAGCUAGCUCUUCAGCUGGGCGAGCUGGCGGUGGCACUGGGGCUGGCCAAGGAGGCCGCCAGCCAGCAGAAGUGGCGCCAGCUGGCCGAGCUGGCCACUGCCAAGGCGAGCUCACACUCGCGCAGGAGUGUCUACACCAGGCGCAGGACUAUGGCGGCCUGUUGCUGUUGGCCACCUCGUCAGGCAACGCUGAGAUGGUUCAAAAAUUGGGUGAAAGUGCCGACGCAAAUGGAAAGAACAAGGCUUUUCUCUCCUACAUGCUUCUCGGUGAUCUGGAAAAGUGCCUGGAUCUUAUCACCACCGAUCGAUUGCCUGAGGCUGCUUUCUUUGCCAGGACAUACCUGCCAAGUCACAUCUCGCGAGUGGUGGGUCUUUGGAGAGAGUCGCUGUCGAAAACAAGCGAGAAGGCUGGCCAAUCACUGGCUGAUCCCAAAGAGUACGACAAUCUGUUUCCCGGGCUGACCGAUGCGCUCAAAACGGAAAAGUACCUGCAACCUGAGAGGGUCAGGCUGCUACCGGCGGCCGCUUAUCCCAACAUUCCA